AUGCCGCGCGUCGAGUUGACUGAGGAGGAACAACUGAACAUCCAAAACAAGGACCUCCUCUUUAAGAGGUUUGUUGAGCCCGGAAGGCUGUGCUUGAUUGAGUAUGGUCCCUAUGCAGGAAAGCUCUGCUUCAUCGUGGAUAUCGUGACGCUGACCCGAGUCAUUGUCGAUGGAGCCUUCCUCACAGGCGUUCCUCGAAUGGUUAUACCCCUGAAGAGGCUGAAACUGUUAAAGGAAAGAAUUAAGAUCAACAAGAAUUGCAAAACAGGAUUUCUGCAGAAGACCAUAAAAAGCACGAACAUUUUAGGAGAGUUUAAAAAGUCAAGUUUGGGUAAAAAAUUGACCAUUAAAAAGAAAAGAGAUUUGGCCACCGACUAUGAACGCUUCCAGAUAUACCAUGCCAAGAGGGAAUUGAAAAAGAAGAUGAACUUGCUGAAGAGCAAGAAGGACAGCAGCAACAAAGGAGACAAGAAGAAGAAAGCCAAGAAGGUUAAAAAGACGGUGAAGAAGUAA